AUGAAAAUUUUGCAUGCUGACGAGUACAUCAAACGGACAGCUUCAGCUGAUGAGGCCUUGCUGUUAUGUCAAGAACUCAAGCAACUGGACAAGAGUCUACCUUGUCAUCAUGGCCGCACGCUGUGUGACAGGGUCAUUAGAGCCUGUCACCAUCAACUUGGAUUUGUAUCGCUGGAUUAUGAUCACAUCAACCAAUUAGUAGAGCUUGUGGAGGUUGCUCUUCAUCAUUAUGACGUCUACGCCGUUGCCAAAAGCAGUCCGCUGUACAUGGAAAAGAUCAUUUUCCAUGUAGUCAGUAGGCUCUGCUCUCUACAGGUCCACAAUCUCUGCCGCCGUGUCGCUGCGUUGCUUCAUACCAGGCUUGCAUCACUACCGCGGGAUGAGCACUAUUACUCUCUUGUGCGGAACUGCUUCAGUGUUUUGUGGAAUAGACUCUCUACAACUGUGGACCAGAACAUCCUCAAUCCCAAAGACAAACUGCGUUUCCAGUUUCAAGCCCUUAAUUUCCAUCUGUUGUUGGACAACGAAACUGCUACUCUUUUGCUGUCCAAAGCUCAUGUAUACUUGGAGUUUGCUGUCAAUGAGUUUGUGAAAACCUGGGAAGCGGGGAGUGAAGAGGAUGCAUCAUUUGUUCUCGAUGAAAUUCGUACUCUCUUCUCAAGUUUUUGGCAUAGUGGCCAAGGCCGAAAGAUUGAUGGAUCGACACAGUUUACUGAUAAAUUGGGCAUAUACACAUUUAUUGAAAUGGCGCUUGUUGUAGUCAAGAUGCUGUGUAAAACUGGACAUUAUAGUCUGGCCUCAGUCUUUCUGAAUGAUAUUGUGGACAAGGUGAAGAACAAUCCUGACUGUCAGGCUGCCGCUUUGAAGCUUGGGAAAUCGGCCAUUAAAAUCCACUCUAUGAUAACACCCGAAGAGCUGAGUGAUAAGCCUUUGAGAGAAUGUACCAGGGUCUUGAGAUCGCUUCCGCUUGAGUUGGGUGAACGUGAAGCUUACUCUGUCCUGGAAGGAUGCGAACUGGUAUGCUGGGUUGUGGAAAAUUGUUACAAGAAGGGAUUUAACGCUACUGUGCUGCUAGCGUGGCUUUCUUUUCUUGAGGAGCAUCAAGAACUGAUCAUGAGGAUCCUGAAGAGCUCCGUGUUAAAAAGCGAGUUUAGCAGACUACAAAAGAUCCUUUGUGUCAGUUAUUUGCAAGGCUUUGGAUUUGCUUAUGAAAGCAUGGUCCAAUCACAGCUGGAGGAAAAGGAUACACUGACCAGGGUGCUGCUUUACUGUAAUGCGGCAGCUGGACAGAUGCUGACUGAAGUGCACAAACGGUCAGAUGAAAAUCUCCUCCUUAAAGCAGUCGUUUCGGUGAACAACCUGACCUGUGCCUUGUACAACCGGCGUCUGUAUGACGAGGCCUUUACACUUCUUGAGAUCCUGUGUCACGAUCUAAGAAACAACUGCCAUGCUUCAUUCCCUAUUGAUAAGUUGAACCCACCCUUCAUGCUCGCUGUGCAGGCGUCCCGGAGAGCGGGACACCUAGAACGAGCACUUGACUGGGUUAUCCUGUGGUUGAAGGUGCUUGGGGAUAAAAUAACUUUGCACAUGAAGGUGCCAAUCUCUUUGUGGGUAAAAAUCAAGAUUGACGCUGCACGGAACUCUGAAGCAGACCUCAGACUAAGGACUCUCUGUGAUGGUUUUGCUCCUGGCCUUCUGGAUGAAAGACUAAUGCUUUGCCUUUUGGAGGAAGAAUUGCGUGCCUAUAAGGAGGAAGCAGGCGACACCUCCAAGGAACGCUACAAUACUCUUUGCGAUCUGCUUGACAUCUGUCAUGAGGACAGCUCCCAUAAACAUCAACGUGCUGUUUACCUCUGCGAAAUGGCGCAGGUUGUUUGUUUUCAGGAUUUCAGUGAACAGACUGAUUGCACAGCAGUAGAUUUUGCCUAUGAGGCUUUACGGCUCCUGGAAGAGGAACCAGAGACUCCUGAAAACACAAACCGACUAAAGGACGACAAAGCCCAUGCUUUGCUUUGGGUUUUUAUCUGCACUCUUGAGAAGAAUCUUCAGGAGGCAAUUGAAAGGGAUGUGAGAUUUCAAGAGAUGCGUAAGCAGUCUGCGGGUGUAGAAAAUCCAGUAGGGACCAAUGAUUUUGAUUACGAAGGCAAGCAGAAUAAUGAGGACAACACCCUGGUACAUGAUGGUCUGCAAUUCAGCCUGGCUGCACAGAACAAGUUGUGUGAACCUUUGGAAAGAGCGCUUACUGAAUGGGCUGCUCUUCUUCACACUCCAGUUUUGCCCAGCGUGAGGAAUCCAAAAUGGACGUACAACUCUAUUGUGAUCACUGCGUCGCUCUUUCAACUAAUGGGAAAGCCAUUAAAAGCUUUGGAAGCAUAUCAACUUUCUGCUGAACUUUCUCAGCAACUUUCUGACACUGAAGGAUGUGUAUAUUCCCUCUGUCAGUCAGCCAGUCUCUUUUUGGAAAUGGGCUCCUCUGAACUGGCUCUGGCUCAGACUGAACAAGCAGAAAAAAUGGUCAAAAGUGAUGCAAGCAUAGAAGGGCCCUCCCCUCUCUCCCUGUUCAUCAUUUUACUGAAAUCUCAGUGCUGUUACAUGACUGGACUGGUGGAUCGUGGGGUUUCUUACCUGUGUGAUGUGCUUAAAGAGGCCACCGAGCAAAAAUGUACAAAGAGCUGGUAUAUGUUGCGAGCUCAAGCCCUCCAGACUUGCAGCUCCUACCUUAGUUUGGACACUGCUUCCCUGCCACAAACCCAGCGGAGCCGUAUUAUAAAGCAUGGUUUUAAAAGCCCAGAUACCACCUUGGCUAUAAGCCAGAAGCUUCUCGUUUCCUUGCUAGCCUCUUUUGUUGGGAACGGCUUUUAUGGGGCUCAUGUCAUUGGCUCAGAUGUACGCUUCUUUGACACAGGAAAUAAUCUUAUGUUUAAAUGGCGGCUCCUGUCGGAACUGUUGAACUGCUCAAUGAAAGUGAUCAUGCUGAGAACUACCUGUGGUGCCAUUAAUGAUGCUAGAAUGCAAUGCCGAGAAGCCCUGAAACUUGCCAUCAAGUUACAAGCGCUGAGCCAAUGUGCCGAGCUAUUGGUAGUGAAAGCGGAGUUGGAACUAAUGCUCGGGGAGGUAGCAGAAAGUGGAUUUGAUUUAGACAAAGUCAAGACCCUUCUGGAAUUUUACUCAGAUUUUUCAGAUCUCCAGUGCAAGUCGCAAGUUAAAAUCAAACCGAGGAAAGGAUGUCCAUCGCAGAAAUCUCGUUCCACAAUGCCUGUAAAGGAGGAUGACCUGGAGGAUAUCCUGAGUACAAGGUGGACUGUUAAAGAGGCAAUUGUGAAUGAUGAAUCUAGCUCGCCGCCUCUCAAGGCCAAACCUCAUCGUUGGCUUUCAUGCCUCUCGCACAAACCGACCUGCUUGUGCCUUUGCUGUUCGGAGCCCUUCCUGGGCCGUGUUACUGCCCGCUGGGCUGCAGCACAGGCCUUGGUUCUUCAGGUAGAUCCUGCUCAAGCCAAAGUGAGUUUUAAACUUCAAAAGGAAACAUUGGCUCGUUGUAAGAUGAUCACUGCCAAACUCAAGGCUAAGUUGGCCGAAUUCAACCCAGCAAAGCGGUCCCCUAAGCCCUCUCUGAUGCAUAGUGUGAUUGCCCGCGUGUACCUUCACAUGGCUCUUUCUAGCCUUGAACCCAGCCUUAGUAAGGUCUGCAACAUAUCGAAAAUAAUCGAAGCUGGUUUAGCCUUUGUUGAUUCCGUGAACUCUCCAGAACUCAGAGCUGUGAAAGCAAAUCUCAUGGCAACCAAAGCCCUUGUGUCAAUGAUUAUCUUGUCUACCAAAAAGAACUGCAAGCUAGAGGAACUUUUCUCAAAUGUGUGGACUUGGAAGGCACCAAAAGAUGCGAAAGUUCUGAAAACGAACCAAUCCUCUCUUAAGGAGCCUAAAAGUUUGUCAGUAUCUGAAAAAAAGAAGCCAACAAAGGUUAAAGUCCCAGGCUCCGCAACCAAAGGAAAGGUCCUGACUCCAAUUGUGUUUCCAAAGACUCCUGUGAAUAAAUCAAAGUCUUCUGCAAGGGAGCUUAGCAUUUUUGACUUCAGUACAGACGUCCUCGCAUCUUUCCAUACACCUGCUCAGAAAGCAAAAGCCCCAGCUAAGCAUCAGAAGUCACCAAAAACUGCUCCCAAGGUACAGUUUCAGGUGUUUGAAUUACCACCCGCUCAAGACAAAGUUAAGACUGUACCUGCUGCUCCAAGGCGCACUAAGAAAUCUCGUUUCAAGGUGGAUUUUAGUGAUGAGAGUGAUGUAGAGUACAAUGCUCAGGAAGAAUAUACUAAAAAACUGUCCAAAAAGACCACCACCACCAGACAGGCUACUCGCAAAAGUAAAGCCUCUUCAGCUACCCCUUCUGCGAAGAUCCUGCCUACAAGGCCGGCUCGGCAUAAGAGCACCGCGCUAACUCGAGACACAUCGUCAGAAGAUGAAACUCUGGUGUUUCGAGGUCCUUCAACAAGACUUAGAAGAGGCAGAAAAGUUUCUGGCAAGGAGUCGGAGUUUGAGGAAGAGCCAGACAAAAUGAGGUCAAUUGAUGAGGAAACUAAUGACGUUUUAAACCUGAGCUUCGAGUAUUUAGAGACAUCAGAAACUGAGACAAAAGACUGUAAAGAUUUUGUCGAAGUGAUGAGGAGGGAUUUGAGUUGUGAUUUGGAGAGGAAUGACUUUCUAAGGAAGAGUAAACAUCCAGCAAGAGAUCCUCAGCCACAUAUAUUUUAUUCAGACACUGGGCCAGACAAUCUUUCAUUGGAGGACAUUCAGGGGUUACUCCGCUCAGCUUGGCUAAAGCUUCAGCACUUCCCCUCGCCUACCAUUUUUCCAACGCUUUGUUCCUUUCUGGCUUUAUCUAUGGGACAACAGCAUCCCAUAACUACAGCGAUGCUUCAUUCCCAGUCUUUGGGCAUCACAAGUCGGCAUCUCACCAUCAGACAUCUAGCAAACUGUCUCAAGAAGCAAAGAAAAACGGCCACUGGGCUUACAGAUCAAAUGGAUAACUUGACACUUGAUGAGUCCAGUCCCACUGCGAGUAUAACUGAUCAGAAGUUAUCUCAGUUGGAGAGCAUAUUUUCCUUUUCAACUGCUGACUGUUCAGCCUUCCCUCAAAACCACUGCCAAGAGUUUAUUCAACAAAUUGAGCAUCUUCCUUCAGGUGUGACUGUGUGUGUGAUGUCAGUGCUUGGAGUAAAGGUCGGGCAGGUGGGUGGAAGUAUCCUUCUUACCCGUCUUGAAAAGGGGUCCACUCCUGUGACUGUACACAUUCCCACCCCCGCAGAGCCGCACUCUAUAAGAGGGCUGGUCCAGGAGAUGGAUGCUAUUAAAGUGGAUCAGAAGACUGUGCUCCAUGUGUCUGAGAAAGCUCUGUGGUGGGAAGGCUGCAGGGCGCUUGACUUAAGAGUUGAGCUAUUGCUGAAAGAGAUGGAGCAAUUGUUGGGAUGCUGGAAGAGCCUUUUUCUGCCUCUUUCAAUGGAUAAAAAGCUCGCAUCUCAGGCCAAGCACCUUUCCAAGAUUUUGUGUGCCAAGGGGGUUACAGCCAGUGAGGAGAUGUUAAAGGUUGUUCUUUCUGCAAGCCCGUUACUCUCUCAAAAAGACUUGAGAAGCUUUGCCCAGGGGGUCUGUCCCGAAUGGGAUGACGAUUGUGAGCAGAUUCUCCGAUCUGCUGUUUGGCAGUUUCCAGACAGAGAGGUGCCUUGUGGUCACACGGUCCUCAUUCUGGAUAGGCACCUUCAGAAGUUACCAUGGGAGAGCAUCUCUUUCUUAAAGUUCCGAUCUGUGAGCCGAAUGCCAUCUUUGCAGUCGUUGAUAGGACUGAGCGUCCAGAAAGAGAAUGACCCUCAGUCCAUCCUGAACAGUGGUGUGGACACACAGAAAUCAUUUUAUCUUUUGGACCCUGAUGCCAAUUUGGAAAACACGCAGAAAGAAUUCAAAGAGUUGCUUAGCAGUAAGCUGAAUUUGGACGGUGUGUGUGGACAUGCACCAAAAUCGGGACAGCUGGAAGGAGCGGUUGCAACCAAGGAUCUAUACCUUUAUUUGGGGCAUGGUGCAGGCGCACGAUUCCUUGACCAGCAGGCAGUCCUGAAUCGACCAAUGAGAGCCGCAUCUCUGCUGAUCGGCUGCAGCAGUGCCGCUUUGGCUGUGCGGGGGGAUCAGGAGGGUCAAGGCAUCAUCCUCUAUUACCUCAUGGCAGGCUGCCCCUUUGUUUUGGGAAACCUGUGGGACGUAACGGAUCGAGAUAUUAAUCGCUUCACCAAAGCUUUGUUGGACUCCUGGUUCGCAUCAACAUCUGGGAGUGCGCUGCUGGAUUAUAUGGGGCCAUCACGGGAAGCCACACACAUGAAACACCUCAUAGGAGCCGCACCUGUAGUCUACGGUUUGCCAAUUCAGUUGAGGUAG